AUGAGUCGAUGGUCGGUAGGCUCCGCGCCUGGAAGUGUGAAACCUGUAUACGGUGCUCGAUAUCCUCCAUUACAACACGAUGUCCCAUGUGGAAGUCCUACUAAGGAUUUGGCUAAACAGUCGAAAUUUCAAGACUACGAAAAUAGCGUAUCAGAUGCUUGGGACACUCGUGUACUCGUCGAUGAUGCUCUUGCUUCCGCUUCAGCUGCUCGAGUUCUUGCUGCUCAUGCAGCUGGAAAGACCAGAGAGGAGGUUAUAAUGCCUCGUGUAAAUCCCGCUCCAACCAAGAAUGGUCGUGUUCAAGCAUUACAACGACUUGCUAUCCAAAAAGAUCCUUUGCCGUCAUCUGUUGCCGCUGCUCCGUUAAAUGCUAAUCCAAUUUAUCCUAAGUUGCCCGAAAUUUCCGGGGAUCAAGUCCGUUCGACAGUCUCAGCAGCGAAGCUUUCUUCUCAAGAAGGGGAGCGCGAUCAAACGAGAUUCGAACGUCUUCGCCGCCUAUUUUCUGUGGGAAAAUCGAGUGGACGGAGCUCUCCGCCAGCAGACAUUGAUAUGGAACAACUUCGAAAAGAUUGCUGGAUGGGCAUUCCGCACAAGUUGCGGCCUCAGGCGUGGAGAUUGCUAUCGGGAUACCUCCCUACAAACUAUGAGCGAAGAGAAGUUACACUGGCUAGCAAAAGGGAACAAUAUUGGCACUACGUCGAACAAUAUUUCCACCUUCGAUUUGACGAUCAGAAUAACGAUACCUUCCGACAGAUUCACAUUGACAUACCCAGGAUGUGUCCACUAAUACCGCUAUUUCAACAAAAACUUGUGCAAGAGAUGUUCGAGAGAAUUCUAUACAUAUGGGCUAUACGCCACCCUGGUAGCGGGUAUGUUCAAGGAAUAAAUGACCUUGUCACUCCGUUUUUCGUUGUUUUCGUGUCAGAGUUCGUGCCACAGGAUGUAGAAGUCGGGUCAUUUGAUGUUUCACAACUUUCACGUGAGCAAUGUGAGCUUGUAGAAGCAGAUUCAUUCUGGUGUGUAUCUGCGCUGCUUGACUCUAUCCACGACAAUUAUACAUUUGCUCAACCAGGGAUUCAGAGAAAAGUACUACAGUUGAGACAUCUGAUGAGCAGAGUUGAUCGACCACUUCAUAUGCAUUUGGAGUCGAAUGGUAUCGAGUAUUUGCAGUUUUCCUUCCGGUGGAUGAAUAAUCUCCUCAUGAGGGAAAUUCCUCUGCGAGCUACAAUUCGACUAUGGGAUACUUACUUGAGUGAACCAAAUGGUUUUUCACAAUUCCACAGUUAUGUAUGUGCAGCGUUCCUCCGCACAUGGUCGAGGCAGCUGCAAGCGGAACGUGAUUUCCAGGGAAUAAUGAUCCUGCUACAAAAUUUGCCAACCCAGUGCUGGGGAGAUAGAGAAAUUUGUGAACUGACGGCCGACGCUUUCUCUUUAAUGUCAGUGUUCGAUGGAGCAAGGCGUCAUCUCUCUAGUUCUCCGGAUAUAUAG